UUUAAAGCAAAUUUAGGAUACGGCAGGGAAGGAGCGAGUUUUACGUUCCCCUUUUCUUCGAGCACGGCAAGAGCAAGCGAUCUGCGAUCCCAGCGAGGGCGGCGGCGUCGGAAUGAGCGGGGGGAAGCGACCGAUCUACGCGUUGGCGACAUGGCUGAAGCGGCAGCCGCCCAAGGUGAAGGCGUUCUUGUCCGUGGUGGCUGGCAUGGCGGCGCUCGUCUUCCUUCGUUUCAUCGUCCACGACCACGAUAACCUGUUCGUCGCGGCCGAGGCUGUACAUGCUUUUGGUAUUUCUGUUCUAAUCUACAAGCUCACCAAGGAGAGGACCUGUGCCGGUCUUUCACUGAAGUCACAGGAUUUAACUGCUUUGUUUCUAGCUGUGAGACUGUAUUGCAGCUUGGUCAUGGAAUAUGAUAUACACACAUUGUUAGAUACUGCCACGCUUGCUAGUACUCUUUGGGUUGUAUACAUGAUUCGAUUUAAAUUAAAGUCAAGCUACAUGGAAGAUAAGGACAACUUUCCAAUAUAUUAUGUGGUGGUGCCUUGUGCUUUGUUAGCCCUUGCAGUCCAUCCUUCUACCUCACAUAAUAUAGUCAAUAGGAUUUCUUGGGCAUUUUGUGUUUAUUUGGAAGCUGUUUCAGUAUUACCUCAGCUACGUUCAAUGCAGAAUACUAAGAUUGUAGAGCCAUUCACAGCUCACUAUGUUUUUGCUCUUGGUGUUGCAAGAUUUCUGAGUUGUGCUCACUGGGUCCUUCAGGUUCUUGAUACCCGAGGGCGCUUAUUGACUGCUUUGGGUUAUGGUUUAUGGCCGCCAAUGGUCCUCCUCUCCGAAAUCAUUCAAACUUUCAUCCUUGCUGACUUCUGCUACUACUACGUGAAGAGUAUUUUUGGCGGUCAGCUGGUGCUCCGACUUCCAUCUGGUGUUGUGUGAUCCAUACAAAACUUACCGUCUUAAUUUCAUUUUCUUUGUGCAUCUUGAUGUUGCUGACAUUUUUAAGUUCUUGUAAGUUAUGAAGCAAAUAUAGUUCAAUGUUUACCCAGAUUAAAGCUAACUUGUUGAAGCUGUAGCUAGCUGAAGCUGCGAUCCUAAUUAAUAAACAUAUUGUAACGAUAUUUCAGAAGAUGGCAUCGUUCUUGAUGAUGUAUUUGAACCUGAGUUGGUAAAUAUGCUGAUCAACUAGUUAGCUGCGAUGGUAA